AUUGGCCCGAGCGGCUGUCAAUCAUAAAGCAAUGCCACUCAGGCUAGAUUAGGGCACCAUUUGCCAUAACUAAAUAGUUACCUUGUACAUCAAGUAGGGGAGAAUUGUUUGAAAUUGGUCGCUCGGCGGAGAGUUUUCUACUCUUCUUCUUCGGCGAAACCUUUGCUGUACGUGAAUGCAACGCAAAGUGUGACGUUUGAGGUCUCGUCAAAACAGAUGUGGAUACAGUGCUCGGGAUCUGCCCAGCUGAGGUGAAGGGGAGGGCAGAGGAUCCCAGAUCAACCUGAGUGUGGAUGACCUGGCUCUGGAAUCAGGAACAUGAUCUGAAGAAGGCGCCGCACACCGAACCCCGACUUCCUCUCCUUCUCCUCCCUGUUUUUUAUUUUUUAUUUCUAAAUCUACUGGGUCACAGCCUCCCUGCCGGGCUGCUAACACCAGCGUGCACUGAGAGGACGACCUGAGGAAGGAAAUACAGCGACAGCUAUCCGUGACCUCUGACAUCAACACACUGCCAGAACCAUGGGGAGGAAAAAGAUCCAGAUCCAGAGGAUCACUGACGAACGCAACAGACAGGUGACGUUCACCAAGAGGAAGUUUGGUCUGAUGAAGAAGGCGUACGAGCUGAGCGUGCUGUGCGACUGCGAGAUCGCCCUCAUCAUCUUCAACCACUCCAACAAGCUGUUCCAGUACGCCAGCACCGACAUGGACAAAGUUCUGCUCAAAUACACCGAGUACAACGAGCCGCACGAGAGCCGGACCAACGCCGAUAUCAUCGAGACGUUGCGAAAGAAAGGCUUUAACGGCUGCAACAGCCCCGAACCCGACGGAGACGACUCCAUCGACCAAAGCCCGCUAAACGAAGAAAAGUACCGCAAGACGGAGGACCUGGACAGCCUCUUCAAGCGCUACGGCUCAGCAGUCCCUCAGCCCACCUUCUCCAUGCCCGUCACCGUGCCCGUGUCCAAUCAGAACGCAGCGCUGCAGUUCAGCAACAACCCUGGCGGCGCAUUGGUCACCACAACCUCCUUCCUCACCUCCGCCCUCACAGACCCCCGCCUCCUGUCGCCACAGCAACCAACUCUGCAUAGGAACACCGUGUCGCCAGGGUUACCGCAGCGACCAGCCAGCGCAGGUGCCCUGUUAGGAGAUAUGGGGAAUUCAAAUGGAGCGUGCCCGAGUCCUGUCCCUAACGGCUACAUCAGCGCCAGGGCCUCCCCGGGCCUCCUCUCCGUAUCCAACGGCAACAGCCUGGGGAAAGUAGUCCAGGCCAAAUCUCCGCCUCCGCCCAGCCCUCAGAUGAACAGCCGCAAGCCGGACCUGAGGGUCAUCACCUCGCAGAGCAAGAGCCUCAUGCAGCUGACAGAGGAAGAGCUGGAGUUGGUGAGUGAGAAUGCUCAGCGGCUAGGCGUCUCCCAGUCGCUCACCACACCUGUGGUCUCCGUGGCAACACCCAGUCUCCUCGCACCCUUCUCCGGCAUGCAGACGGCCUACAAUACGGAGUACCAGCUGACGAGUGCAGAUCUCACCGCGCUGCAGACGUUCACACCGUCCAUGGCUGCCUGGCAACAGCAACCAGUGGUCUCCCAGCAACAGCAGCAGCAGCAGCAGCAGCAGCAUCAGCAGCAACAACAACAGCAGCAACAGUCGAGUCAGAUGAGCCUGGCGUCGCUCAGUAACUUGGUCAUGUGGGGUGCAGAGAAACAGAAUGCAGAGAUGGUUAACUGCAUCUCCAAUUUUGCUGCUAACCUGAGCUUGGCCUCUCAGUCCAACUUGCUCUUUGGCAGGGAGGACGGCCUCUGCUGGCCGAUGGGUCAACUCUCUCAAGGCGGCGCACUGACCGUCAACACCAACCCCAACAUCAACAUCAAGUCCGAACCCGUGUCUCCGAACCGUGACCGAAGCACCCCCAGCUCCACCUGCGGAGGAGGAGGAGGAGGAGGAGGAAUGGGAGGAGGAGUCGGCCAGCUUCAGCUCCAGGGACAGGGUCUAGUUUCGGUGGCGUACCCGGGUACCCUUCGUCUGGAGGUCGGAGGUCAGGGACGCUCGCCAGUCGACAGCCUCAGCAGCAACGGCAGUUCGUACGAUGGCAGCGAUCGGGACGACGGGAACCAGGGAAGAGGAGGCGCUCCGACAGAUUUCCUCCACCAGGGCGGCGUCGGGGGGCAACAACAACCCACCAUGGUCCUCCUGAGGCCCUCAUCGGCUGAACCCCAGGAGCAGGACGGGACCAACGUGAAGAGGAUGAGACUGGACACCUGGGUCACAUGAAUCCGCAGAGGGACGGACGGACAGAUGGAGAUGGAGGAUUGAGAUGGAGAUGUGUACUUGUGGCUUGUGUACAUGCCCCCCACCAGCCCUGAUGCCCCCAAUUCCCUUCGUCGUGCACACACAAACACACACACAUAUAUUUAUACACCGUUUAUACAUCGACCCAGUAACCUACACGGGAAACGCUGACCUCACACAGCAUGCUGACACCGUCAACACAUUUGUAUGGCAAUGUGCGUACACAUUUGAACUCUGAUGUGUUUUCACUCACACACACAAGCCCCGACGGGUAGAACCACCAAACCAGGGAAUAUUUGUCUAAACAUUAUUCAGAUACAUUUGAAUAGAAGUUUUUAAAUCAGGCCACAAACCUAAAUUUGGCCACUUUGACUGUUUCACCCGACAUGUUGACAACUGCUGGUUUCCCAGCAUGCCCUGCGUUUGGAUAUUCUGUCUGUAAUGCACUGCGUUGAGUCAGUGCCACCGAGUGAGUCGUCACCACGGUUGCAUUGUUAUCGCUGUAGAUUCUCGGGCCGUUUUUUGCUGUUUUUAAAGCGUGGAGUUUUUCUUUUUGUUGUCCUAGACUGUUGACCUUUAGCGUUUGGAUUUGACUGACUUUGGAAUAUGAAGACACUAAAAGAGAAACUCUUUCCCCAGCCACGAGACUGAUGACCCCCCCC